UUACAUUUUAUUCACACUUUGUGCAAUUUGCGUAAACAAUUAUGACGACUGGAGCCGAAGUUGAAGGAGAUGAUGAAAACCAGGGCAACGCAGGCACCAUCCAAAAACCAGAACUGCCCCCGGAACUAAUGGACAUCUUCAAAACCCUGGCAGAGAACAACCAAAUCGUCUUUAAGUCUCAGCAAAUUGAUGACCCGGAAAUUCCUCUCGAGGAAAAACAAGUAAUAGCUCGAGAAGUAUUCGAGAAGAACCGGGAGAACUUCCUUAUUCGAUUUGGAGGCUACCUGAAUGUCCGACAACUCGGUUCCUUCCAGGACCUGGCCGUCAAAGAGCCCAUUAAACCGGACGAGAAUCUGGAGGAGAUGUGCCUGUUACUGGAGGAUUUCAGGAGGAAACUUAGCACUCGAUCAGUGUCCAUUAAAAAUCGAAGGUACCAUGCCAUGCAGCAGCUCCUGGACAAGGGAGAGUAUUUCAGCGAGCACGAGAUGAUGCAGAGGGCUCCCGAUCUCUACCAGGAGCUAGUGGGUCAAUAUCUAACGGAGGCGGAGAAAAAAGCACGGGAUAGUUAUGAUGUUAGAAACACCAGCUUCUCCGGAAUACUCAUGCACACGUUGGAAAAAAAGCAAAGGGAUGAACUGUUGGAGGAAACACAACAGGAAAACGAGAAGGAAGUGGAGGCCAAGAGUGAACCAAUUCCUUCUGCAGAUUUUGAAGUCCCCGUGGCUUGCCGAAAACAAUGGGGCGGAUUUGAGGAUGAUGAACCCAUUGCCUGCUCCACAAGUCGAAAUGCAGAAGCGCGGGUUCCAGCAAACAUAGCUAACAUCUCCACACCAGAGUUCUAUAAUCCUGGAGAGCGAGAACUGCUAAGAAAUGAGUUCCUUAGCAUGAUGAAGGAACGCUUCCUGAGUGGGGAGGACAAGGACUUUGAUUAUACAGCCGUGGAUGAUAAUGCCCUGCUCGAUGAUCUUAAGCAAAUUGAGCAGGAUGAGGAGGAUGCCUAUUUUGAGGACAGUGAUGAUGAUGACGAGAAACUGGGGGAGCUCUCAACGGAAGCGAAGGAAGCAUCUAGCGAGGAUGAGCUGGACAUCUACAUGAGGCAUCUAAGCAAUCACCACAGUCUGCAGCACUAGAAGAUAAUUAUAAAGUGUAAAGGGAGGCACAUAAGACACCAUUGGAAAUCCACAGGAUACACAACUAUCUGCAGUUUUAGCCUUUAAUCUUAAUCCUAUUCUUAGCCUUAACAAAUUUUGAUCUUAGACACUAGAAUACAUGCAGUUGUUGAGUCAA